AAUGAUAGGAACUAUUUUAUUUUUCAGCGUCCUCGGUUGAUUUGAAAUGCGGUUGAUGUAAAAUGUCUUAUCAGUACAGCUAGCCAACGAUCGGUUCGCGACGAGGUAAGCCGCGAGUUCUCUUGCAGUCACUUGUCAUCUUUGAGGUGCCAGCAGCCCCUGAGGCGUUGACUGCCUGCUCCAGUGCAACAUUAGCCUCACGCAGACACUGACGAGACCGACAGCCCUGCCACAAAUCCUCACUUUUUCCUCAUUAUGCUGCCUUUCAAGCACUGAAUGUAUGUCAACCACCAGAGCUCCAACAAUGGCGGGUGUCCUGAAGCGAAAGUUUGCGGCAGUUGAGGAAAACCCCAGCUAUUCUUCUUCUUCUUUGUCUUCUCAUCCACCCUCUUCACCCACGUCUUCGGAGUGCGAGUCAGACGGGGAGAUCGGCUCCUCUGAGAUGCAGGAUUUCACACCUCACAGUCCCUCUGCGGCCACCGUUGUACCAAGCCGGUCCAUAGUGAAAAAGCCGAGGCUGGUAAAGAGCCAGUGUCGUGUGCGCUUCGACCAAGUGGCGGUUUUCAGUUUUCCUCGCUGCCAGGGCUUCAUUAGCGUGCCCAGCCGCGGCGGUGCCACCCUGGGAAUGAUGCGGCAGCACAGCACCCUUCACAAGUACACAGUAGCAGAGCAUGCAUCGGCGCAACGGCGGCACCGGCGCAAGAGGCACCUGCUCAGAUUGAGAGAGGAGACGUACGACUCAUUGAAACACGACCUGCUCACCAAUGAGGCUGUUGGCCAAAAUGAAGCAGGUCAACUCACAGUAGAAGGGUUCCCAUCUGAAGGGGCUGAUGUCCACAUGAAUGAUGCUGAGCUGGACGACAGAGGAUCGCUGCAGCCGUACUCAUCCAGCCAGCGGCAGGCUCUCCUGCUGGCAUCUGGAGUCAAGCGCAUUGACAAGGAAGAGAAGAAGCAGCUUCAUGCGUUGCGUUUGUCCAGAGAAGCUUGUGGAUGCGACUGCCAGGGCUUUUGUGAGCCCGAGACCUGUGCCUGCAGCUUGGCAGGCAUCAAGUGCCAGGUGGACCGCUUCAGCUUCCCAUGUGGCUGCACAAAGGACGGCUGUGGAAACACUGAGGGCCACCUCGAGUUUGACUCCAAACGUGUGCAGACGCAUUACAUCCACACCGUCAUGCGUCUCGAUUUAGAGCGCCGAACGGGAGCCGAAACAACCAGCCGAGCGGACCAGAAAUCCGAAAUCCUCGUUGAAUCUGAGGAUCUGAGUGAGGCUCAUCACGUGAGGAAUGAAGCAUACAAGACGUGCCCUUUUGGUUUUCCUUUGGAACAGGACAAUCUUGCGAGUCCCACCAGUCCAAUGUUUAAUUUCCUCCCGGAACGAGGAGUGGUGGAAGACAACAGCUGCAGUAGCGACAUGACGGAAUCCUCCAGCUCUUCUUCUGAUUGCGACGGCGGGCGUCUUCCUGCCAAUCACAGACGAGAGGCUUGUGCCCUCCGCGUCUGUGAUUCUGAAAAUAAUAGCUACUCCGUGUGUCACCAACUGAGACUCAUGGCAGCGCCGAUGACCCUGGGCAGCAGCAGUUGUCACUCUAACGGCACUACAGCUGACAAAAGAGGACCGCUUUCAGCAAACACCUUGACAGACAAUAAAACCACAGUGGUGGUAACGGAUUAUCUGGAUGAAAAUGCAAACCUCACAAGAGACCCAUUUGACGACGACGAUUCCCUCGAAGGCUUUCCGAACACUCCCUCCCCUACCCUGGACUAUUCCUCUAGCGGGUACAAAGACCCGAGUCUCUCUUCAGAGUCCGACUUGGAGUUUUUUGACAAUGACUAUCCCUCCGGACCACGACACGGCUCCUUUAAAGAGCACAGACACUCAGACAGCUUUCACCCCCUCCAGCUCAUCAGCUCUGUUUAUUUGCCACAGUGCCAAUCGAGCACCGUCCUCCUGGAGUCUCUCAUUGGCCUGACUGAGCCAAACCCACAACUGCCUUAUGAUUGAAACAUUUGAAAUUAAAUGCAUUGAACAUUUUUGAUAGACAAAGAGAUGUGUUUGAGAAUGAUUAAUACAGAUGUGGUGUUAUGAUUUUACUGAUAUUAAAAUGUACUUUUUUUUUAAUCUACUACUAUAUAUUUUCAGCGAGGUCCACACACUUGUUUCCAUUUCAGGAACUUUGAUUACUUGUUUACAUUCCCUUUAAUACCAUUGCUAAAAAAAUAUAUUGGAUUUCCAAUAUAUGGCUUGUAUGCCAUAUGUAUGAACAUCUGUCUCACAAAAUCUCAACUUUUUUUUAAAUUAUUAAGGUACCUGACCAUAGUACAAGCAGCACAAGCAGAUGACCUAUGGAAAACCAGUUUACUUUUGGUCUUAGUCAUUUAAAUGACUGGUUAAGGUUUUACAUGCCUUCAAAUAUAUUUAUGUACUGUAGUAAUAAACUGAAGUAUUUAUUUAUUAAGUCA